AUGACAGCGGCAGCAGCAGCUGCUCUUGAAAUGAAGUGGGAAGGGCGAAUAGUAGCUUUGGCUGAUUUGCACGGCGAUGUUCUCAACACCCUUUUGCUACUGGAAGCACUGGGUGUUAUCGAUAGAGAGACGCGCAAGUGGAAGGGAGGAAACACUCUGCUUAUCCAGACUGGCGACAUCGUAGAUCGAGGCCCCGACGGAAAAAUCCUCUAUGAUUUGUUCAUGGAGUGGCAGGUGCAAGCCAGAGAGGCUGGUGGAAAGGUCCUGCAGCUCAUUGGAAACCACGACGCCAUGAACGUUUGUGGAGACUUCCGGUAUGUACAUCCAAACGAGACAGCACAGUUUGGCGGUCUUUCCGGCCGGCGCGCAGCUUUUUCUGAUGAAGGAAAAUACGGAACCCUGCUGCGUUCUUUGCCCGCUGGUGUGAAUGUCAACGGUCUCGUCUUUACCCAUGCGGGAAUUUCUCCUGCUUUUGCUGCUCUCGGGCUUUCGGGAGUGCACCAGCUGCUGGGUGAAGAAUUGCGGGACGGCUGUGCAGUUCAUCACAGGAAGCAGAUGCGAGAGUUCACAUCUGGGGGAAACAGCCUUUUUGCCUCUGGGGGAGAGGGGCCCCUCUGGACCCGUCUAUAUACCAUGUCCCCUCCGCACAUUGCCUGCCCGCAAUUGAACAAGGCUUUGAAGCAUCUGGGAGCCGACAUCAUGGUGGUGGGGCACACGGUGCAGGAGAGCCUCCGUGUAGAAACGUACUGUGAGGGUAAACUCCUCGCUAUCGACACUGGUAUCUCGAGAUACGUGGCAAACUCACCCAAGGCCCUCGAGAUCACCCCCAACGGCGCAGUGUAUGAGGUGUCUGUACGUCUAGAGGUCACGGAGAAUUCCGAUGACACAAAAGCUAUUGCCACAAGUGGCAGAAGGAAGCUGAAUACGUGGCCUCUAAGCUUUUAUUCAAAGAGGCGAGCGCCGCCACAGGGCGGCAGUCGAGGGCAAGGAAGCCCAGUGGGAGCCGCUGAGGCUGGAGAUUCCAUCUCCUUCACAACAGAGGAGCUCUAG